CCGACAUUAAAUAGUUCAGAUGUCUUUGGGUUAGUCAAAAUGGGCUUUUAUUGUUCCAAAACUUAAGAAGUAGUGUUCUGUAGGCCUGCAUUUAUAAUAAAACGCCAGAGAACAAGAUGUUUUCCAUUUCUGGUGUUUCAAAAGCUCACCUCGUUCUGCCACUUUAGACAGACAGCCAGAUGUUUUAAACAAAAAAAAAAAAAAAAAAGCAUUGUCGUUUUGCACAGUCGGGAGUGAGUGGGCGGGCAGUGGAUUGGAAAUAAGGAAAAGGGCCAGGAAAGGCAUUCAGACAGCGAAAGACAAGUUCACAGUUUGAUUUCACGACUACAGAAAGUACAAAUCCUGCUGUAAACAUUCCUCUCAAUGGCGGAACGGAGAUGCACAGAAGUGGAGAGUGCCAUCGACACGCUGGUCACUGAGUUUCAUAAAGCAGCCAACAACAGAGCCACUGUGAGCAGCGCUGGACUCACAAACCUGGUCUCCAGCCAGCUUCCCAACCGAGUCAAGAACUCGGAGGACCCGGCGGUCAUGGCUGCCCUGAUGAAGCAGCUGAACAUCAAGGACAGCGAAGGGAUCACGUUCCAAGAGUUCUGGGGGCUGAUCAGACAGCUGGCCACUACAGAGCACGAGCAGAGCUACAAGCAGAAGAAACCUGUGGAGUGCACCUGCAGGCUGGCCUGAACCU